CAGAAGAGGGAGGUGCAAACACUUCUACAUUUCCAAAUGUAUUCAUUGCCUCACAGAUCAUCACACAACCUGAAUGAAGACAGAUCUUAAUUCUUCUCUCCCUCAGGAUUUCAGAAGUGAAGAAGUAGUCAUCACGUCUCUCUGACACUCGUUUGUCUCAGGCUGUAUCAAUGGAAUCUCUCUCAGUGUCAACCAACAGCUUCACUUUGGACCUUUACAGAAAGCUAAAUGAAACUUCCAGAGGACAAAACAUUUUCUUUUCUCCUUGGAGUAUUGCAACUGCUCUCGCCAUGGUCUACCUAGGUGCAAAAGGUGACACUGCAACCCAGAUGGCUGAGGUUCUUCAUUUUAACCUGACUGCAGAAGGUUCAUCUGAGGCAAGACCUUCUCUGGGAAGACCAAGGAAGAGAAAGAUGGAUCCUGAGCGUAAGCAAGCUGAAAACAUCCACUCUGGCUUCAAAGGGCUCCUGUCUGCCAUCAACAAGCCCAGAAACACCUACACGCUGAAGAGUGCCAACCGACUGUAUGAGGAAAAGACCUACCCGUUACUGCCUAAAUUCUUACAGCUCAUUACAAGCUAUUACAAUGCAAAGCCACAAGCUGUAAACUUUAAGACAGCUGCAGAACAAGCCAGAGCACAGAUCAAUCUGUGGGUUGAAAAUGAAACUGAGAGGAAAAUACAGGAUCUGCUGCCUGCAGGAUCUCUCAACUCUCGCACUGUGUUGGUCUUAGUAAAUGCCAUUUAUUUCAGAGGAAACUGGGAAAAGAAAUUUCUGGAGAAAAAUACUUCUGAGAUGCCCUUCAGACUGAGCAAGACCAGGACUAAACCAGUACAGAUGAUGUUUCUGAGAGAUAAAUUUUUGAUACUCCGUGAAACCACCAUGAAAUUCAAAAUCAUUGAGUUGCCGUAUGUGGAAAAUGAACUCAGCAUGUUUGUUCUCCUACCAGAUGACAUCAAUGAUAACACUACUGGUCUGGAGCUGGUGGAAAGAGAGCUGACCUAUGAGAAAUUGUCUGAAUGGACCAAAUCAGCCAAUAUGAUGAAAGCUGAAGUGGAUCUCUAUCUGCCCAAGUUGAACCUAGAAGAGAAUUACGACCUUAAAUCCACCUUGAGCAGCAUGGGGGUACGAAACGCUUUUGACCCAGUUCAGGCUGAUUUCACAGGGAUGUCAGUUAAAAAGGAUUUUUUCAUCUCAAAAGUUAUUCACAAAGCUUUUAUGGAGGUCAAUGAAGAAGGUACUGAGGCAGCAGCUGCCACAGGUUCCCUGGUGCUGAGAUCAAAAGCACCAACAAUGACUUUUAAAGCUGACCACCCUUUUCUCUUCUUCAUCAAACACAACAAAUCACAAACCAUCCUCUUCUUUGGCAGACUCUGCUCACCCUAUGUGGUCAUUGUGUGUCAUCUCCAGAACUGCUCAGACGAGAAGGUUAUCGGUAGUUACGUUGGUAUUCCUGAGCUGCAGAGAAAGCACAAAUCACUGUUCUGUACCAUGGAUAGCCUCUGUGCAGCAAAUACCACUUUUGCACUUGAUCUCUUAAGAAAGCUGUUUGAGAACAGAAGUGGGCAGAAUCUGUUCUUUUCUCCUUUUAGUAUUUCUUCUGCUUUGUCUAUGAUUUUGCUGGGUUCAAGAGGUAACACUGAAGCUCAAGUAGCAAAGGUGCUUUCUCUGAACAAAGCCAAAGAUGCUCAUAAUGAGUAUCAAUCACUUCUCUCUGAAAUUAACAAUCCAGACACCAAAUAUAUACUGAGAACGGCUAACCGACUUUACGGAGAAAAGACAUUUGAGUUUCUCUCAUCGUUUAUAGAGCUGAGUCAGAAAUUCUACAAUGCUGGACUAGAACAAACAGACUUCAUGCAUGCUUGGGAAGAUUCCAGAAAACAAAUAAAUGGCUGGGUAGAGGAAAGAACUGAAGGUAAAAUUCAGAACCUGUUGGCAAAGGGGAUUCUCAGUUCCCUGACAAAACUUGUGUUGGUGAAUGCCAUCUAUUUCAAAGGCAACUGGGAAAAGCAGUUCAGCAAAGAGAGAACAGCAGAAGUGCCGUUUCAAAUUAACAAGAAAGAGACCAAACCUGUGCAGAUGAUGUUCAAGAAGGAUCGCUUUAAUAUGACCUAUAUUGGGGAGUUCCAGACCAAAAUCCUUGAGCUCCCUUAUGUUGGUAAUGAACUCAGCAUGAUCAUCCUGCUCCCUGAUGCAAUCCAGGAUGAAUCCACUGGCUUGGAAAGCCUGGAAAGAGAACUUACGUAUGAGAAGCUGAUAGAUUGGAUCAAUCCUGAAAUGAUGGACUGUACGGAGGUGAGGGUGUCUUUACCCAGAUUUAGACUGGAAGAAGAUUAUGAUCUGAAACCCCUUCUGAGAAGCAUGGGAAUGCCUGACGCAUUUGACUUGGGGAAGGCUGACUUCUCGGGAAUCUCAGCUGGAAACGAGCUGGCGCUCUCUGAAGUGGUUCACAAGGCCUUUGUGGAAGUCAAUGAAGAAGGCACUGAAGCGGCAGCUGCCACAGCAGCAGUGGUAGCAUUGCGCUGUGCAAUGAUUGUUCCAGAAUUCACUGCUGAUCAUCCGUUCCUCUUCUUCAUCCGGCACAACAAAACUUCCAGCAUUUUGUUCUGUGGGAGAUUUUGCUCUCCCUAAAAAGGAGGUGUCUGUGUAGAAGAGCCACCAUUACACAGUAACUUUCUGUUCCUUUAGAACAGGGCUACUCUUUUUGCACUAAUUGUCUCUUUCACCUCUGUCUGAAUCUAAUUCUGUGGUCUUCAUCUCAGGCUUGGUUAGAGUAACAGAGCCACUUUAGCCAUACACAGCGACUGCCAUGUAAAACGACUCCUGCCUCUGUGCACCUGAGCACAGAGGUGUCUUUAAGUUCUUGCUGACAGCAGAAACCUCCCACUUGCUGAGUGAAUGCUUCAUCUGUCCUUGCACUUCCCAUUACACCUUCACUUCUGGUGGCUGUCAGGCAGUGACACCUUGUAGGAACGGAAGUUAAUUUUGUUUCUGAUGAGGCUGGAGCACAUCUUUAGCUCCCCUCCUCCUUUUUCCUCCCACCACCAUCCUUUUUUUUUUUUUUUUUCCUUUUUUUUGUCCUCCAGAUGCCUCCAUGUAAUGUCUUGACACAUUCCCUAGAGAUGAAAGGAGUCUUUGGCAGCCUGUUCCAAGUGUUGCUAAGCACCCUGACUAGACAGGUGGUUUUUUGGAUAAUAACUGAAUAAGCCCUUAGGCAGGAAUGGGAAUAAAUUAUGUCUUUACACCAGGUGUCCUUAUAGAGUGUUCAUGGGGUGGUGAUCAUUGUUUUAUCACCACAGGACUCCUGGGUUUAUUACCUAUCACCUCAUUCUAGUCAUUUAACGAAGAAUGUAAUGAAAAAACUUAACGGUGCCUAUGCAGUAUUCAAAUGGCAAAGCUUUAAUUUUCUGUAUUGUUAUAUAUUUUUCCUAUUCAUAGUUUCUUAAACAUUUUUGGUAUGGAACCGUUAAACUAAGACAUAGCUGAAAUAGCUUUCCUAAUAGAGUGAUCUGUUUUGCUGUUUCUUUUCCUGAAAUAAUAAAAGAACUCUUAAGUGC